UACAUCUAUCUAUUGGUGAAUUACUCAACUCAGCUCCUGCAUAUGAAGGUCCCGGCUAACGGUAACUAGAUUUCAGCUAUUUCCCAUCAUUCAAUGACAUUUGCCACUAACACUUUUUGUAAAUAAUGAUGAAGGCUAAGUUUUAUCAAAUUACUCAAAAAUAAUGAUUAUCAGUGAAGAAAAACGUAAAAAACUGAAAUAUAAUCUUUCCCAAGUAAUUUUUAUUAUAUAACUUAAAAUGAUUACGGUCCCUGGCUAGAAGACGUAUGUAAGUGCGAAAAGAACCAAACCAGAGUCCUGGGAACCUUGGCAAUAUUGUUCCUCCGAACUGUGCUGGUAAUAAGGUGAGAAAAAAUUAAAAAUUCUCUUUAUCACAGCCCCCUCCUUGUUCCUAUUCCACUACCCCACUCUAAAAUAGAAACUGCACGGAACAAGUGCUGAAAAGUUUCAAUUCACUAGCAAAUGUCCCUCACACGUAACUCGGUUUGUUUAAACACUGUUGACAUCGAUGUUCUGGGCAAAGUUUGCUGGGAGCGUAACAUGCGAAUCAAAUUCAAAGUGGUGAACAGAAGGACGCGGACCACAUACUCUAUGCAGAACCGCGUCACCUGUCUGACAAUUAUUUGACAAUUAUUUACACAUACGAUUGUAUAUGGCAAAAAGGGUCCGAUUCGAACGUCCAGCGAGCCCGAGUAAAAGGCGAAAGUGUGCCGUUGGUCAGUCCAGUCAUAAUGUUCAGAGUUAAGGAGCUGCUUCUGCCGCGCGGGAUCUUCGAAAACCCCAUGCUUCGCCUUCAUCUGCGGUGCUUUCGGUUGUACGGCUACGUGGCCUCCAAGUACCAGCGGAGGCCCUGGCUGUCACAGGCGCGCUGCAUCCUUUUCACGGCCUCUAUCUGGAUGAGCUGCGUCCUGAUGCUGGCACGCGUCUUUCAAGGCUACGAAAGGCUAAACGAUGGAGCCACUACCUGCGCCACAGCCUUACAGUACUUUACCGUGUCUAUUGCCACCAUGAACGCCAUCGUGCGGAGGGAGCGAGUGGUUUCUAUGUUGCGCGAGGUCCAUGAGGAUAUGCAGAAGCUUAUGAAGGAGGCGGAUGAUCAGGAGCUGGAUCUUGUGUUGUCUACCCAGAAAUACACUAGGACGAUCACUUUAAUUUUGUGGGUUUCCUCAUUAGGAGCUGGGCUAAUGGCCCUGUCGGACUGCAUCUAUCGGACACUCUUUAUGCCGCAAACCGUGUUUAACUUGCCCGCCGUGCGCCGCGGAGAGGAAAGACCCCUGUUGCUUUUUAGGCUUUUUCCCUUUGGCGAGCUUUACGACAACUUUGUGGUCGGCUUUCUGGGCCCCUGGUACGCUCUCGGAUUGGGGGUCACAACUAUUCCUCUGUGGCACACCUUCAUCAUGUGCCUCAUGAAGUACGUGCACCUGAAGCUGAUGAUACUGAACAAGCGGGUGCCUGAGAUGGAUAUCAUGCGCCACAAUCCGUUCCUAGACCUGGAUCGCCUGACACCCGCUCAGCUGAACCGCUGGCGAAUCCGGCUAUUUACAAAGUUCGUUACGGAUCAUCUGAAGAUCCGAAGGUUUGUUAAGGAGCUAGAGCUGCUUAUCUGCGUGCCUGUUAUGAUAGACUUCAUCAUCUUCUCCAUUCUUAUAUGCUUUCUCUUUUUCGCCUUGGGUGUUGGCUCCCCCACCAAAAUGGAUUACUUUUUUAUGUGCAUCUAUAUAUUUGUCAUGGCUUCCAUUCUGUUGAUCUAUCAUUGGCAUGCUACGCUGAUUUCUGAAUGUCAUGAUGAAUUGUCUUUUGCCUAUUAUUCAACACCCUGGUAUGAGUUUGAGCGUUCUGCACAGCGAAUGAUUCUAUUUAUGAUGAUUCAUUCCCAGAGGCCUUUGCAAAUUCGUGCCCUCAUGAUACCAGUGAAUCUGGGGACCUUUUUAGACAUUGUACGAGCCGCCUACAGUUACUCCAAUCUCUUAAGGCAGAUAUAUUAGACGAAGAGCUGUUUCCACGGGUCAUCGACAGGCUGGACACACCCUACAAUACCUAUAUAUUUUACUCGUACACAUAUAUAUUUACAGUAUUUCUUACCUA